AUCUAUAAAUUGUUGAUAGACAACGGUGCUGACAUCAAUGUCAGGGAAACAAACAUAGGAACCGCACUCGAUGGGGCUGUGCGUGGCGAUCAAACAGAAACUGUCAAGUUAUUGCUUGAGUUGGGAGCUGAUGUGAAUGUUAGAGAUGAUUACGGUUGCACGGCCUUACAGAAAUCUGCUGCUUUCAGAAGCAUGGACACGUGACAACUUCUGCUGGAACAUGACGCGGAUGUAAACGGGCAAGACAAUGACGGAAACACCCCUUUGAUGACCCCAUGUAAAUGGUUUCAUAAUAGCGUAGAAGUCAUCAGGACGUUAGCCCAGGCAGGGAGCAGUGUCAAUCAUCGAAAUAAAUCUGGCAUGACUGUGUUCAUGGUCUUUGCAGAGGAGUCAAGUAACGUGGAUAAUAUUUAAGUUUUAUAUAAUGCUGGCGUAGAUAUUCACGCUGUAAACUCAGACAGGGGUUGGAUGAAAACUGCCUUGUCCAUUCUACUUGCAGAAAAUUAUUUACCUGAACAAUUAUUGAAAUGCGUGGAGGUAGCUGAAUUUCUGCUUGACCAUGGCGCAACGGCUCGCCAUGUGAAUCCAGGUAUCAUUCACCGAGCUUUUGCCAGAAGUCAUGAAACAUUGGUGCAAAAAUUGAUCCAUGGGGGUCUAGCUCCUCAGGAUAUUUAUUUGGAAAAUUAUUGCCCUUGGCCAACAGGCAUUGUUUCUCCACUGAGUGUGGCUCUGUUUAUGAAUAAUGUCAGACUCGCUCGCCAUUUCAUUGACAUUUGGUACCUAACCCAAUCUGAUCUCUGUAAUCUUUCCAGGAAUAGGUCAAUCAUAAAUUUAAUGGACAAGAAUGGUAACUCUGAGUGCGCAUCAUUACUGCGAGAGUCACAGCCGCUGCCCUUGACUUUGCUCAGCUUCACCGUUGUGUCCACUUCCGUCGGUGUCGGCCAUGACAGAGCGGAAAGAAUCAAGGCAACUCAACUUCCGUGUGUGUUGAAAGAACGUUUACUCUUCUGCAAGGAAGGAUUUAACCCAGAAAAUGAAUUUAUAGAAUCUGACCAGAUGCUACAUUUUCUGGCCAAAAUUGCC